UGAACAUAAUUGCUCAAAAGAUCUAAAUUGCAUUUUUGUCUCAAUUUCAGAUUGGGGUUGGGUUAAUGGCAUGUCAACAAUCUGUUGGAAUUAACGGCAUAGGAUUCUACACAGCUGAGACUUUUGUAGCAGCUGGAUUUUCUUCAGGAAAAGCUGGAACCAUAGCAUAUGCUUGUAUGCAGGUUCCAUUUACUAUAUUGGGAGCAAUUUUGAUGGAUAGGUCUGGAAGAAGGCCUCUUAUAAUGGUAAAUGGGGAUUGGACCACUAAAAUUAUUUGUAUUCAUUAUCAACUCAGAAACUCUGGACAAGUUAGCAAUUUGGUGAGGAAUGGUAUCACUGAAACUGUUGUUACUAACAUCCAGAGUUAGCAAAUUGGGAAAAGAUGAGAAAUUG